GACUGCAGUUUAUUUCUAGAAGCGUCAUCCUUCACCCCCUUUCAAGGUAUCGUCUCACAAAGGAAACACAAGCCUCACCAGGAAUCGAAAAUCUGGUGUUUCUCUAUCACUCUUCUCAUCACUUCUUGUCUAUCGAAGGGGAAGAGAAUCUCUGCAGUGAAAAACUGUUGGUGAUGGCAGGAAGAGAAGUUCGAGAAUACACCAACCUCAGCGACCCCAAAGAUAAGAAAUGGGGUAAAGGGAAAGAUAAGAUUGACGAUGAAGAUGUUACUUUCCAACGCAUGGUUGCAAAGAUGCAAGAGGUUGCUGGGGAGCGUGGUGGUUACCUUCAUGGGCGUGGCGCCUUGGACAGUGAUGAUCUACUUUAUCUCAAGGAGCAAAUGGAAGCUGAGGAGGAUGCAGAACGCCUCCUGCGCCGCACUGAAAAACGGGCAUUUGCUGCAUUUAAGAGAGCUGCAAGUUUAGUAGAUUCUUCACCUGCAUCAGUACCCUUGCCCCUACGUGUCGAGCCAAAGCCCAAGAGUGGGAUCAGGCAGCAAGAUCUGCUGAAAAAAGUUGUCGAGAUUAAACCGAAGCGACCAAGGUCUGAAAGCAAACAAUCAACCUCAGCUUCUAGUGAUGUUUCUGUUACAAAUCGUAAGCCUGAUCACGGUCGCUUAAAAGAAACUGGACAGUCUUUGUCAGGAGUAAAGAAAGUGGAGGAGCAAUCUUUGUCUGGAUCAACAAAAGUAGAAGAUCUUUCAUCAGGGUCACACGAUGCCGAUGCUAAGCCUAAGAUUAAUAACUCUGGUGGGGGAUUACUGGGCUUGGCAUAUGCUAGCUCUGACGAUGAUGAAUGAUUGGUAAUAAUAGACAUUUGAUAGCAGAUAACUUCUUUCAGUCAUUGUGUUUGUAGUUUUAGUACAGAAUGUUUGAUUCACUCAGAGAAAGCAUUAAAUUGUAGUCAAGAUGGCAUAAGAAGUUCUGUUUAUGAAGCAUUUGUAUGGAGACUAUAGAGUAAAUAGUCCUUUUUAUCUUUGGAAAACAUGGGACCGGAUAUUUUAGUCCCUUAAAAGUGAAAAUUGUCAAUUUUUGCCCCAAAA